AACAUUUGGUUGCGAAGAGACGGCUUGUUUGCCGAGUGAUCUCACUGGGACCAGCUCCUCGGAGCAAGCCUCAUCGACAUCAUCUGGGCAAAGCCUGACCAGACUGGACGGUGCCCUGGAGGCGCCUUCAGGUUCCAUUGAGGAACUCCCGGCAGGAGCUGGGAUGACGUUGGGGGCCUCAAAUUGUCCAGAGCAGUCUCCAAUAGUUAAGCUGGUGCUUGAGCUUCGGCUACAGAAUGGGGAGAUUUUGCGGCAGUUGGGGGCGAUGCAGCAGGACAUUAGAAACUUAAGUUUUAAUUUAUCGCAAAUGAAGGCCUCAAUGUCUGCUGCACCGCCUUCGCCGGAAAUGGCUCCAGAGCCGUCGCGGGCGCCCCUUCCAAAGCUGCCCGCGGCGACUAUGGAAGAAUUCAGGGAAUUGGAAAAUGCCCUGAAGGAUAAAGCUAGAGCCACAGCCCUGCAGCUGGAGGUGGCUACGUGGGUCAGGGCAACUGACACGGUUGCCGAGGCCUGCCGAAGCCUUCUGGAAAGGGCCCUCAAGAAGGAGGUCCAAAUAAAAUUUAGCCUCCUGGGCCGGAAAGGCAAGCUACCUUUCCGGGGGACCCUCCUCUGCCGCAUUGUGACAGAGACCAUCAAGAGUGCGAAGGCUGCCAAUGUGCCAGAUGUUGAAAAGGCCAUUGGCAGGUACCUGGCCGGUGCUGUGGACCGGGAGGGGGGCAGGCGCCAGAGGUUUUGCCGCCAAACAGAGGCCAUUCAACUGCCAACUGGCGAUCUGUGA